AUGCGUGAUUCUUAUGCACUGGUCACAGUAAAACUUAACAAAACUUUUUCCAAAAAGGAUCAUUAAAAAUUCCAUUUUUCAGCUUGGAAAUUGGUCGGAGAAGCGAGGAUGGAGGUUCGACACACGCUAUGCCAAUCGGUGGGAAUUCGAGAUCGAUCCAGACGCCGAGGAUUUGGAAGGACUUCAUCUUCGAGUUGUCGUUUAUUUGGUGAAUUUUUUUCUGAUUUGGUUCAAUCAAGUUUUUAUCAUAAAAGUGGUAAUAAGUUCGUUUCCAGGAACAGAAAAGUUUCAGAAAAAAAUCUUUUUGCUUUUUAAAAACUCUUUCUACUAUUGAAUUUUUUUAGGUGAAUCUUGAAAUUUUUUUAAAGUUUAAAGCAUCAAAUUAUAAAUAACCUCAAAUUUUUUUAGGCUCUUCUGGACAAUUUACAGGCUUCUUGGAAAAUAAAUAUUUUUAGGAACAACCAUUUGUGAUGAAACGAGGCGAGAACCAGUACGAAGGAUUCUGUAUCGAUCUUCUGAACGAAAUGGCCGCCGUCCUGAAGUUCAACUACACGAUUAUCGAAGUUCAGGAUGGUAGUUAUGGCAUUGAGGUACGGAGAAUCAUUUUUCGAAAGAUGAUUCGCAAUUUUAAAUUUUAUAAAGCUUUAUUCAGCGACUUAUGGUCAAAUCUCUUUGUUUCUACAGUUUCAAACGUUUUCGGUUUCGUGGAAAAUAUAAAUAAAUAAUGUUUGAUCGCAUCCAAUAAUUGCCCGUAUGUAAGGCCACUGACUCUGUUUGAAGCCGCUGCCCUAGACAAACACGACUUAUCGAAGCAGGAUAUGGUAGUAGUCACCUUCGAAGAUACCUGUGUAUUUGCUGACCAUCCUCUCCUUCGAAGCGACGAUCAUGAAACUUUUGACAGGGAAACUUCCGUGUCGUUUGCUUCUUACAGAAGUAACAAAAUCGUUUGUCGCCUGUCGCGAACACGGGGCACGGGAUAUCGCCAAACGAGUCGCGGAAGAGCUGCAAAAUUUUGAAUUUCGGGACUUAGGCAUAUCGCGCUUUUCUACGGCGCAAAUUUUAAAGGCUCAACUGGGUUUGGACAAUUUCAAAGGUUUGAGUGCUCCCUUAAGGGUUUAAAGUGCCUGAAGUGUCCAAGCCCACUUGAGCCUUAGGAAUUGCCUAGGUUUGCCUACUUCUGCACUAGAUUCGAGUGAUUUCCUGAGGCUCAACUGGGUUUGGACAAUUUCAAAGGUAUGAGUGCUCCCUUGGUGCAGUUCAGUGUGUCGUAGGUGCAUCUUUGGCACACUGGACUAGAACGCACCCCAGGUGCAGUCCAGUGUCUCGUGGGUGCAACUACGACACAUUGGACUGCACCGCACUCCAGGGGCAGUCCAGUGUCUCGUGGGUGCACCUAAAAUCCCGAAAAUUUCAAAGUCCCGAAAUUCAAAUUUUUCACCCUUAACUAAGUUUAAACUCCUACAACACCUUUCUCACAACAUGAAAAGGUUUUUUUUAAAUUCAAAGUCGCGAAAAAGUGUCCAAGCCCACUUGAGCCUUAGGAAUUGCCUAGGUUUGCCUAUUUUUUCACAAGUUGCAAGUGGUUUCCUAAGGCUCAACUGGGUUUGGACAAUUUCAAAGGUUCCCUUGAGGAUUCACUGCAACGCAAGUUUAAUAUAUUAUGAAUAAUUAUGUUUCUGGAAUCCGUAUUCGCGGUACAUCGACGUUAUCGCAAAAGUGCUGCGCCGGUCUUGCAGCUCCUUGGCGCGAUUUCGCAAUUUCCUCGGCGCGAAAAUGCGUUUUUUAACAUUUCAAAACUUUUUUGAGUGAAUGAGAAUUGCGGGAGAAAUGCGAUAUCGCGCCAAAAAAGUUCGAGUCCAGCGACAACGCGAUUAAUUUGCCAGAGUGUCAAUGUACCGUCAUCGAGAUCUUUUUUCUAGACAGUUAUUUUUCUUAUAACCGAUUCCAGGACGAGUCGGGACGAUGGAACGGGAUAAUCGGAGCCUUGCAAAGACACGAAGCCGAUUUAUCGUUAUCUGCUGUUACCAUCACCUACAGUCGAGCUGAAGUCGUCGGUUAUACCCUGUCAAAAUCUCCAGUUCAAACAGAAAAAGUUCAGACUUCACACUGCCUUUCAUGCACCUAGGUAUAUCAAUCCUGCUAGCACGAACCAACGAUGAAAGUGAAAAGGUAAAGAGAAAGAGUCUGAAAGGGAAAAGUGAUCACUUUAGGGAUCGUUAUGGACAUUUCUGGAGCCUUUGUCCUUGACUGUCUGGAUGAUGCUUCUGAUCGGAUACAUUGUCGUUUCCUAUGCGAUCCAUCUUCUCGCCAAAUUUAGUCCUUAUGAGUGGUGGGCCUUUUUUUAAAAAUAAAGUGCGACCAGGAAAAUUCUGAACCAUUUUGUGACCUUAGAACCAUUAAAAAAAAACCAUUUUCCAAAGAAAAAGAAUUUUUUCAGGUACAACAUCGAGAGAAUCGACGAGAGAGACCUGGGGAGCAUCGAGAACCAAAAGAACCAGUUCACGGUUCUGAACUCGUUCUGGUUCACGAUGGGUUCCCUGAUGCAACAAGGUUCUGACGUCAUCCCAAGAGCCGCCGCCACGAGACUCAUCGCCGUCGUUUGGUCCGUCGUUUUUGCUUUAUUUUUUUUUCAUCAUUAUUUUCAUGAUUUUUAACAUCCCUGAAAAUUUGAAAGGUGUUUUUUUACUAGCUAUAACUUUUUUCUGUGCUUGAAACGGCCCGCUGCGGCAUUCGUCGCUCUUGAAAACGCCAAAGGGGUCACUAGAGGGACAGCUUUAGGGGUUCUCGUAGGUUUCCCUCAAGGGAGCACUCUACCUCCCUUAUAAGGGGGCACUAGAGCUUUCAAAAGCGGUCAAUCUAGGGGUUUUAUUGAAAUAUAAUCAUUGGGAAUAAACGAAAUUGCUCAGAACCUGAAAAGUUUUUUUUCUAAAAAAAAAAGAACAAAAUUGUAGAAGUCUUCUAUAGUCCCCUAUAGGGUCUACUUGAUCUCAAGGGACUUACGGGUGAGGUCCCAGAUUUUUAUAGGGACCACCUAAAUAUUCCCCCUUAGGAAGCACGUUUUUGUCUACGGAUGGGGGGUGUCUUCUAACCCCUAUAGGGUCAACUCUGACAUUCCCUAGUUUGAGUCCGAAGCGGUCGCAUUUCAGUUCCAAAUUUCUUGCUCAUUUUGUAUGAUUUUUGUUGGAAAGGUCGUUUUUUUUAAAGAGACAGAAACGUGAAGGACCAGGUUCGGAUAUUCCAAAAAAUUGGAUAGUUCAAAUUUUCUUCAGUUGGAUUUUACGCGACCCCUUUGCAUUCAAACUUAUAAAGGCCAGGUCACUAUUGAGAUUCGAGGAAAGUAACCCCUUGAGUGAACAAAGAAGGGCUCCGCAGAGGGCUAAAAUCUAAGUGCUCCCUACAGGGUUCCUUAAAAAAUGUUUUGGAAUGUUCUCUUUGACUUGGCGUUUUUUUCUUGAGCUCGUAUAUUUUCUCUUAAAUUUCAGAUGUAGAUUUAUUUUCAUCAUUUUAUCUACGAUUUCCAGGUGGAUGUUCACCCAAAUAUUGAUAUCUUCCUACACCGCCCAACUCGCCGCUUUCCUCACUGUCGAGAGAAUGUCGACUCCGAUAGGUUUUUCCUUAUUUUUGAAUUAUCUAUACAUAUUUUUUCCAGAAAGUACUCAAGAUCUGGCCAAUCAACAGCGGAUACGUUAUGGGACGCUGAAAAGCGGCUCAACCAUGGACUUUUUUUCGCGAGAGCAAAAUUCCCAUUUAUGAGAGAAUGUUUCUGAAAAAAAUUGUAUUUUUCGAUUUAAGAAAAUAAUAUUUUCAGGUGGUCCGUUAUGGAAUCUUCAUCGCCUGGGGUUUUUUUGUCAACAGCUCCAAGGAAGGUAAGGGUCUACUUUAGUGAGAUUCAAAAAAAUUUAAAUUAGUUCCAAAAUUCAAAAAAAUUCGGAUGUGUGUAAGUUUACGUGCGUAUAAUCAUAGAAAAAAAGAAAUAAAUUGACAAAAUAGGAAUAUCAAUUGACUUUUGCAGUUUCUGGAAGAUUUCUUGUUGACCUAUGAGUUUGGUGGGAAUUUUUUUCCAUCGAUUAUUACUUUAUUGAAGAAAUAAAAAAAUAACAGAAAAUCUGCUCUAGCGGAAAGUUUUCCUGAUUUUCUCGCCACCUUUAUUGAUUUUUUUUCGCUGUGAUAGGUAACGGAAUUUCGUAGAAGCGUAUUGGUGAGAAAAAAAGAAGGGAUUUAAAAAUCCAAAAAAAUUAAAUUUUUUUCAUUUUUCUCAAGUUUAUAAAUUUUUUGAAACUCUGAAAAAAACCUUUUUCAAUAAGAAGUGGUAUUCAAAAAAAGUUUUAUCAGGACAUUUUUUUCUAGGGAUCGCCAGAGUAAAAGCCGGCGGCUACGCCUACAUGAUGGAGUCGUCGAUGCUCGAAUAUUACUUGGAAAGAGAUUGUGAACUUCAGAGAAUCGGAGGGCUGUUGGAUUCUAAGGUUUGAAAAAAAAUAAUUGAAGGAAACCCCCCCCUAAAACUGCGUGCAAAAGUUGGGGUGGUGGGGUGUCAAGUUGGGGUGUCAGACGGUGUAUAGUCGUUUAGAAAAACCAAGAACUCAUUUUUAAACCUAGGUUAUCAAGAAGCAUACUCUACUUAACAACGCUAGAGUGCUUCAAAUACGGUCAACUUUAGGGACCCUUGAAGGUUGUCCUCUAGGGAAUUUUCUCCCUAAAGACCCCUAUAGGGGUACCUAUUUUAUCACUAUAUUUUGUCGCCUAUACGGUGCUUUUUUUUUACCUAACCCCUAAAGGGAUCACUCUGUCGUUUCUGAAUAAUGCUAAAUAUGCAGGGUUACGGUAUCGCUCUACCGAAAGGCUCCCCGCUGCGGGAUAUUCUCUCGAGAACUGUCCUACAACUUCAGGAAAGGACCAUUUUAGAAGCUUUGAAGAACAAAUGGUGGCGAGAUAUGCGAGGUAAGGACUUGCAAAAAAAGAUACAGAUGUCUCUAAAAAGUCAUGACCGCAUUUGGAAUGGCUCAAAGCGUCGCGGUCGCGUUGCGGUUCCAGUAAGGCCUGCAACGGCUUUUUAGAAUGUAUAUUUGUGCUCUAACGCGAAAGCAGUUUGAGGUCGGUUGCUGAAGUGGGGAGCUUGCUUUAAUAACGACCGAUGCUUUUGGGCGCAAGUCGAUUUAGGUUAGAUGCUGAAGUAGGGUUUCAGCAUGUUCUAAUAAGCUCCCUAACCAUGCGCGCAAGUCGUAUUAAGUCGGGUGCUGGAGUAGGAUCUUAGCCGGCUCUAACAAUUCUCGCUGCUCUUGAGCGCAAGCCGUUUCAGGUCGGAUGCUUAGAGUCAUUCCACAAAUUUUUCAAGCCUCAGCUAACACAACAGAAAAAUCUUCAUUUUGGCUACAAUUUUUCUCAAAAAAAUUUGAAAAAUUGAACUUACAGAAGGACCUUCUUGCACUGCGCCAGUAGAAAAACUGCCAUUCUCCCCACCUCAAAAUAUAUUCGGUUCGAAAAAAACUCCAUUUUUAAAUUUGAAUAAUUGAUUUUAGGAAUAUUUUACGUGUUAUUGACGGGUCUGAUCGUGGCUUUCUUGAUCGCCUUGGGCGAAUAUUGUAUCGAAUCGCGACACGACGGUUUCCGCCUUCGGCUCACCAUUUUAGGAAAGGUCAGAGUGUUAAUAAAUUGGUGUCAGAAAAGGGUUAGCUCGUUUUUUCUACGUUUUGGGCUUUCUAAACGAGAGAAAAUCAUUAAAAAUGGUGAAGGAUCGAAAAGAACCUUUUGAUUAAAAAAAAACCGAAAAGCAAAAAAAUAGUAGUUAAAAAAGUAGAAUAAUGUUCGGGACGAUGGACUUUUUUCAAAAACUGUUGCAAAUUAAAAAAAAUAUAUAGAAAGUUUCAACGUUCGCUAAUGACAUUCAACACUGAGAAGUUCAGCAAUUAAAAAAAAAGCCUUUAUAUCACAAAUAAUAAUUAUAUUAGCGAUAGAGCGCGAAUGCUCACUUUAAGUAGCUCACUAGAGAACGUUUUUGAAAAAAAAUUUCUCGCAAGAGAUCUCGUUUUCGAGUUAGGACACUUCAAAAGCCCGAAAUGGCGCCUAAUUUGCGUAUUUUGCACACUUUGAAGCUUCAUAACUCGAAAACAAGAUUUAUUGCGAGAAAUUUUCUUUUCUUGUUCUAGAAUCAGAAGGUCCUAAAGUACACUUAAGGAAAGUUUCAGCAAAAGUUCAACCGGGGGGUUAAAGUUCCCCAGUCAGCUUAUCUUUUUUUCAUCAGAAAAUAGCUAGGUUUUUGGAGGUGAAAUUAAUUCAAAAAUGCCUUUUUUUGCUCAAAUUUGAUAAAAAUCGGCAACUCUGGAAAUUUAUUUGGGCGCCUUCAAUGCUUUGACACGUUCUUCAUACAACCAGAUUUUUUUAGAAGAAUUCUUUAUAUUUUGAACAAGGGUUCGAGUAAAUUAUUUGUUAGGCUAUCAUCUAUUAAUAAAAAAAUGAAUAUUUUGCAGUUAAUCGACUGGUAUCGAAACAGGAAAGGCGGGAUGAGGUCUCGGAGCAAACUGAGGAACGUUCAACUGGACACUGCCGGCCAGGAGAUCAGUCUGUACGUUCUCUUUCCCACUUUUCUUGUUUCAAUUUAUAUUCUCAUGAAAAUAGGGCUUUUCCCCUUAUACUUGACUUGAAUUCAGUGUCCGCAGCCAUUUGGAUUGAUUGAUCGCAAGGUGAGGAAAUCGCAUGAAAAUAUGAGCUUACAAGAGUAGUUAGUCGGCUUCUUCUCUUGGGUGUCUUUUCGCUUUGCUUCUUCUUCUUUUUCUUUCUUUUUACUAACAACUAACUUUUUUUUUAGCACUACUAACCUUGGAAAUUCAGAAAAAAACUUCAAAUUCUUAAUAUAAAAUUGAAUUUUUUUUUUCCUGCGGCUGAUUUCCUGCGGCUUUUUUUUUCCUGCGGCCUAUGCUUCUUUGGGAUUCUACUUCUGCUUUCGCGCGUCAAAAAAGCUUUAAAAAAGAGUUACUGUAGAGCAAGUCCGCAAAAUACUGUGACGUGUUUGCACCAGUUUCAAAAUGACGUCAUUUCCACGUCAAAUCAAGUUCGCAAGUUGUUUUUUCUGUUCUUUCAAUCUCGCCAACGUGAGGAGAAAAUCCUCUCACGCGAUUUUGCGGACUUGAGGCCACCGUGACCCUUUCUCUAACAUUUUGGUGCUUUUUCUGUACUUUCUAACACAACCACAAUAAUGAUAUCGUUGAGGUAAAAAUCACGAUAUCGCUCGAAAAAAUUGCAUUUUUAUACUCUAUGCAGAGUGGAAAUUUUCGCGAUAACUCUUGAUGAAAAAAGAAGCGAUAUCGUGAAUCCUCAGCGAUAUCGCGCCUCGCCCAUCUCAGCAGAGCCCUGCCUAUGAUGGUGUUGCAGAACGGCGCGGGUGCGCGACAAGUCGUCGUCAGCCUCGACGGAGACGCCGAUGAUUCGCGUUGUCGCGUGCGAGGAACGGUCAGUCUCCCGAGGAGAUCGUCCGAGCUCCCAACUGAGCCGCGAGGGCCUCCGAAGACUCAGCCGCAUGCUCCCGGCUCCGCAUCACGAGCAACUCCUCCACUUCCGUCUCAGGGAUUCCUAG